CUCCCUCAGGACAGUAGGUCGCUCUAGUCGGUGACAGGUGAAACGAACCAAACCGGUCGUUGUGUCACAAACAUGGCGACUUUCAGUAAAUAUCUAACAGCGAAAUACUCCUGCUUAGCAGGCGGCGGCUUGCUGCUUUUGUACCUGCUAAGACACCGAAGUCAAACGCGCAAAAAACACAGUCUGAAAGGAACUUCCCAACUACUAGUGAACACAGAGAAAGAUGGAAAAAAAGACAAAACAGCCGUGGAUAAGGUUUUCUUUCUUCGAAUUCUUCGAAUUCUUCACAUCAUGGUGCCACGUGUUUUCUGCAUGGAGACUGCUUACCUUCUGCUCAUUGCCUCCAUGUUGGUGGCCAGGACCUAUUGUGACGUGUGGAUGAUCCAAAACGGUACCAUGAUUGAAAGUGCCAUCAUUGGGCGCUCAACUAAAGACUUCAAGAUCUUCUUGUUCAGCUUUAUUAAAUUCAUGCCAGUUAUAGCUCUGGUGAACAACUUCUUGAAGUUGGGCCUAAAUGAGCUAAAGUUGAGGUUCCGUGAGAGGCUCACAAAGAAGCUGUAUGACCAGUACCUUCAAGGUUUCACUUACUACAAAAUGGGAAACUUGGACAACCGAAUUGCCAAUGCAGACCAGUUACUGACACAAGAUGUGGAGAAGUUCUGCAACAGUGUAGUUGAUCUAUACUCCAACCUCAGCAAGCCUCUGUUAGAUAUUUUUCUGUACAUCUUCAAGCUGGCCAGCGCCAUUGGAGCUCAGGGCCCAGCAAUCAUGAUGGCUUACCUGCUGAUCUCAGGCCUGUUCCUGACCAGACUGAGGAGGCCCAUAGGAAAGAUGACAGUGACCGAGCAGCGCUAUGAGGGAGAGUACCGCUAUGUGAACUCACGCCUUAUCACUAACAGUGAGGAGAUUGCCUUCUAUAAUGGAAACUUGAGGGAAAAGCAGACAAUUCAUUCAACAUUCAAGAAACUUGCGGAUCACCUGCAUAAUUUCAUCUUCUUUCGCUUCUCUAUGGGGUUUGUGGACAGCAUUAUUGCAAAGUAUGUGGCAACAGUCGUGGGCUAUCUGGUGGUCAGCCGUCCCUUUCUCAGCCUGUCCCACUCCCGGCACCUGCACAGCACACAUUCUGAGCUGCUGGAGGACUACUACCAGAGUGGCAGGAUGCUCUUGAGAAUGUCUCAGGCCCUGGGUAGGAUUGUAUUGGCUGGACGAGAGAUGACCCGCCUUUCUGGGUUCACAGCUCGAAUCACUGAACUGAUGACAGUUUUAAAGGAGCUCAACACUGGCAAAUAUGAACGCACCAUGGUUUCCUUGCAGGAGAGGGAAACAGAGACUGCAGAGAAAACCAUCCUGGUUCCUGGAAGUGGUCAGAUCAUUAACAGAGACAACAUCAUUAAAUUUGACCAUACUCCACUGGCAACACCAAAUGGAGACCUACUGAUCAGAGACCUCACAUUUGAGGUGAGGUCCGGCACCAAUGUUCUUGUUUGUGGACCUAACGGCUGUGGAAAGAGCUCCUUGUUUAGAGUGCUCGGAGAGUUGUGGCCAUUGUUUGGUGGAAACCUGACUAAGCCUGAGAGAGGAAAACUCUUCUAUGUUCCCCAGAGACCCUAUAUGACUCUUGGCUCCCUGAGGGAUCAAGUUAUUUAUCCAGACACUGUUGAAGAGCAACGCAGGAAGGGCAUCUCUGAUCAGGUGUUGAAGGAUUAUCUUGACAACGUUCAGCUUGGUCACAUUCUGGGCAGGGAGGGCAGCUGGGAUGUAGUCCAGGAUUGGAUGGAUGUUCUCAGUGGAGGGGAAAAGCAGAGAAUGGCUAUGGCCAGACUGUUCUACCACAAGCCCCAGUUUGCUAUUCUGGAUGAGUGUACCAGUGCAGUGAGUGUGGAUGUGGAGGACUAUAUCUACAGCCACUGCAGAACGGUGGGCAUUACAUUGUUUACAGUGUCCCACAGAAAGUCCCUAUGGAAACACCAUGAGUACUAUCUCCACAUGGACGGCAGAGGGAACUACGAGUUCAAGCCCAUCACAGAAGAAACUGUAGAGUUUGGCUCCUAAAUGCUAGGUGACCGAGCCCACACUGUUCUCUUAGAAACAGCCCAUUAACUUGGUUCUUUAAAGAUAUAAUUCACAGCUAUAGCUAGAAAAUAAUAUGUAAGAUGGUUUUUUUUUUUUGCUAUUUAACAUAAAUUUUGUUUGGGUUAAUCUUUGUUAUUCUGGAAAAUGUUAAUUUUUUACGUAAGAGAUUUUUGAAGGAUGAUGGAGUGUGUGGGUAUUAGCAUUUAUGCUGAACUUUGUGUGUGCACCAGAUCACACCUCACUGCAGUGACAGGUUUAAAAAGACUGCGUUCUUUGAGAAAAGAUCAAGUAUUUGUCCAAAUGUAUGAUAGAUUCUCCAGGUCUCCUGUCAUACUAUAAGAACUGAGGCUGUUUUGGUGUGAACCCGUUAAUGACUCUUGAUUUCACUGUAAGCUUUGAUCACUGUUUCUUUCCUGAUUUAUUGAUGCUCAUCUUUCCUGGCUCAUUUCAAAUUCUCUGAAUCAUAGACUUCCAGUAAGUAUCCAGGCCAAGUUUUAGUACUGAACACAGCUUCAGUUAAUGAUCAUAACUUGGUACCAUUUUGGUUGCUGAAGUCUAAAGACCCAAUCAGGAAACAGCAAAUCUGCAAAAUGUCUUCUUAUUUUUAAACUGGCUUCUUUCCUGGUUUGUAAAGCAGUUUUUAGAUGUUUCAAUAUUUCUCUGGUGGUGAGAUAAAACAAAAGUCAAACUAAUUUUACUUGAUCUUUAUAACUGGUGACUAGGUACACUUGUGACACUAUAUGAUUAUAGACACCCACAAUAAAUAUUUUUUUCACUCUAAUGUACUUUAUAAAAAACCUUAUUUUGGAAUAAAGAGGCCUUAACUGUACUGUUGGUUUUAUAUGAAUAAUAAUUAUGUCAUAAUCUCAUUUUGCAUUUAAAAUGUAUAAACCUUUAGGAACCAAA